AUGGACUGUGGAGCAGCUGGGAACUUCAUCACUCAAGCUGCGGUGGAUAAGUUUUGUUUACCAGUCUGUGAGCUCUCAUAUCCAGUCUACAUCACUGCAGUGGAUGGUAGCCGAAUUUCCAAGGGGUAUAUCAAACCGGGCCAAUGCUUAACUCGGAAAGGGGCAGAUCAUUCCAACUGGUCAGAAGAUGCCUUGGCUGCGUUUCAAAAAAUCAAGCUGGCUUUCAUGACCGCCCCAGUUUUGUUGCAGCCAGAUGUUGACAAGCCUUUUGAGUUGGAGGUGGAUGCUUCCACAGUAGGAGUUGGAGCUGUUCUCUCCCAAAUAGGAGCUGAUGGGAAGGUUCAUCCUUGUGGAUUCUUCACUCGCAAAUUCCUUCCUGCAGAAGUUGACUAUUCCAUUGGUGAUCAAGAACUACUGGCGAUCAAGCUGGCCCUUGAGGAAUGGAGAUAUCUCCUGGAAGGAGCGAAGUUCUCAGAAUACCAAAGGAGACGCUUUGUCCCGAUCUUGGAAUCCAAAGAAGAGACGUCCGAUCCAGUCCUGCAUUCUGUCCUGAAUCCUGUUGUAUUUGCCUCAUCUCAAGUUUCUCCUGCUCCACCUCCUGCACCUGACCUGGUGCCACUCUCUAAGGCCCUGGAUCUAUUACUGCAGAACCUUACACUAGAUGUAUAUGUUUGCCAAUUUCUAAAGUUCAGUUUGGACUUUUACCAACAGAUUCAGACUCUGAUACACACCAUUGAAGAGAUCAACAGGGAUCCCAAUAUUCUCCCAAAUGUAACACUGGGGUUCCAGAUGUAUGACACAUGUACUAUGGCAAAUUCAGAAUUACAAGGAGCAUUACAAUUCCUUACUGAGUUCACAGCAAUCACCUCCAGCAGCCAAUGCAGUUCUAGACCAUCCUUCAUGGCCAUUAUUGGAUCCACAGGUUCCACAAACUCAAUGGCAGUGGCAAAUGUUUUGGGGAUUUUUAGAUACCCACAGGUCAGUCCAUAUUCAAGUAUUUCUCUACUGAGUGACCGGAAAAUGUUUCCGUCUUUCUUCAGGACAGUUUCAAAUGACAAAUUCCAGUCUAUAGGACUGGCUGAGCUUGUUUUGAGAUUUGGUUGGAGCUGGGUGGGUCUUGUGACUACAGACAAUAAUUAUGGUCUUCUGGGAAUUCAGUCACUAAAACAAGAGAUAAUGAAAUCUGGAACUUGUAUAGCUUUUACUGAAUAUAGUCGUGUAGGACAACCUGACCGCAAUGCUCCACAUAUAGUGAGGGUAAUUAAGGAGUCAUCAGCUAAGGUGGUUAUUGUAUUCUGUGUUGAUGUUGAUUUUAUUCCUGUUGCGAAUGAAUUGCUGAAACAGAACAUCACAGGGAAGAUUUUUAUUGGAAAUGCCGAUUGGUCUAGAUCCAUCAUUCUAUCAGCUGUAAAUUAUUUUCCGAUCUUAUCUGGAACUCUUGGUUUAGCUGGUAAUGAUUUUUUGGUUCCGGGAUUAAAUCAGUUCCUCAGCAAGAUACGUCCUUCUGUGUCCAUUGUUGGUGCCUGGGAAAACUUGUACUGGGAAAAAAAUUUCAGUUGCAAAUUUCUUUAUGGAAAGCACCUUACUGGUUCUUUGGAGACCCCAAUAAAAGAAUGUACAGGAGAAGAGAGGAUAGAUGAUGUGAAGAACAGCUCCACCUAUAUCAACAGCUUAAAAUAUUCUUAUGCUACUCAUUCAUCUGUGAUGGUUUUGGCUAAAGCUUUGGAUGAUGCGAGAAGCUGCAAGACGGGUGAUGGGCCAUUUUCUUAUGGGACCUGUGCAGACAUUUGGAAUUUAAAACCGUGGCAGCUCACGCACUAUAUCAGGAAAGUCAGGCCUGCACUAAUUAAUGGCAAUGACACCUACUUUGAUAAGAAUGGAGAACCGCCUGUAAUCUAUAGUGUUGUGAACUGGCAGCAGAGUCCUGAAGGGACGGUAAAGUUAAUGAAGAUUGGCAAUUACAGUACUACAGCACCUUCUGUACAAACACUGACCAUCAACUCAAGUCUUUUGAUGUGGCCUAUGGGACAUCUACAGGUCCCUCGGUCAGCCUGCAGUGAGAGCUGUUCUCCAGGAUACAGGAAGGCUGCUAAAUCAGGACACCCCGUCUGCUGCUAUGAUUGUGUCCAAUGUCUACAAGGAGAAAUAUCUAACAAGACAGAUUCACUUAAUUGCAUCAGGUGUCCUUGGGAUCAGUGGCCAAGUCCUGAGAAAUCCAGAUGUCUUCCAAAAUCCAUGGAGUUUCUUUCCUAUGAAGAUACAUUGGGUGGAACUUUAGCUGCAAUCAGCAUAAUAUCCUCACUUAUUCCUGCUCUUAUUUUGAGCCUUUUCAUCUUUCAUAGACAAACACCUGUAGUGAAAGCCAAUAAUUACUCUCUAAGUUGUCUUCUACUGAUGUCCCUGUAUCUCUGCUUCCUGUGCUCUUUAGUAUUUAUAGGUUACCCCCACCACAAGACGUGUCUCCUGCGUCAGGUCCUGUUUGGUCUGGCCUUCACUUUGUGCAUCUCAAGCAUUUUGGCUAAGACUAUCCUGGUGGUGCUUGCUUUUAUGGCCACUAGACCAGGCAGCAAUGUGAGGAGAUGGAUGAGCCACCAAGUGUCCUACAUGAUUAUUAUUACCUGUUUCCUGUUACAAUUCAUCUUGUGCAUCACUUGGUUGUCCAUAGCUUCUCCAUUCCCACAAUAUAACACUGAAAUAAAACCUGGACUCAUCAUUGUUGAGUGUAAUGAGGGAUCUCCCUUUGCCUUCUGGACCAUGCUGGGUUAUCUGUUUCUUCUGGCCACCAUUAGUUUCAUUGUAGCCUUUCUGGCUCGAAAACUUCCAGACAGGUUCAAUGAGGCCCAGUUUAUUACCUUCAGCAUGCUGGCCUUCCUCAGUGUCUGGGUGUCCUUUAUCCCAGCCUCCCUCAGUGCUCAGGGUAAAUACACCGUGGCCAUGGAGAUAUUUGCCAUCUUGGCUUCCAGUUGGGCUCUGGUGAUCUGUAUGUUCCUGCCUAAAUGUUUCAUAAUAGUGUUCAGACCAGAUCAAAACUUUCGUCUUCACAUAAUACAAAAUAAUGGUUAA